GAUAACUCCCUCACCGAGCUUGCCGAAUCCAUCGGUUCUACAAGCUCUGAUCCGUUCAUGCAACUAUGGUUGGGAAAAACGUCAAGGCUCUCGCCCACUUCCACCGCCUAUCCGAAUACAUUGUACAGUGCAAACACUGCGACAAAACACUCUCCUCCAAGCAUACCUCGUCCAAUCUGACGCGCCAUCUCAUCCGGAACCACAAGCUGCUGGCCCGGACCGUAUUCGCCGGCGAGGAGGGAAAAAUGCUCGCCGAGCUGAAGGACGAGCUUGAGGCAUCGGCGUCCGAGGAUCUGAACAUGACCAUGAACGAAGGCGAAGCCGAGGCUAAAACAGCAGUUCGCACAAUAAUCGGAGUUAAGCAGGAUCUGGAGCGGCACAGCCAGGAGUCGGAAAUGCGAAACAAGGUGAUUGGCAAGAACAACAAGUUGUGGGCCCAUUUUAUUCGCAUCUCCGAGUUUAUGGCCAAGUGCAUGCACUGUGGCAAGACGCUCUCCUCAAAGCACUCGUCCUCCAAUCUAAUGCGCCACAUCGUCCGACGUCAUAACAACCUGGCGAAGACCUUGAAUCAUUCGCAUCAUCAUCUGAUGUCCCCCAAAAAGGAUGUUGUCAGCAUAGAACGCCGGCAGCUGUCGGCGGCGGAUCCUCUCGAGAAAGUCAACUUCGACGAUGUGGACAGUAUAAUCGAGAAGGUGGCCGACCACCUAGAUGAUGAGGUUACUUCGAUUUCGCUACAGGAACCUUUUUACGAGUACGUUGUGGACAACUCGGAUGUGGUACUUGAAAGAAGCGAUGAUCAUGACCAAACGGACGUCCAAAGUAUUCUUCCACCGGAUAACGUUUCCAUCUCCGAGUCGACCACCCAACUGGACGAGAAGCUCAAGGCGGAGACGAUAUACUACAAUGAAAUGGCGGAACUUGCCAGGGCCAAGAGACGACUCAUCGAUCUGCAGACCAAGAAACUACUUCUGGACAUGAACGCGGAGCAUAAUUAAAGGAUGCUGCCUUUAAUGUAUAAUUGUGUUAUAGAUAAAAAUGAUCGGGCAAUAUAUUAAUGUAGUCAUAAGAAAUUAUACUUUUAACAAUUCAAAUAAAUUUACUAUGCAGAAAUCUGUACAAUUUGUAA